ACUGGCAGUUGUCGCAUUAGUGGGCGGAGGCAACAAUCUGAUCUGAAUAAUUCUAAAGAGUCAUCUGCAAUUCCAUCAAAAAAAAAAAAACGAAAUCGAUGUAAUUAUUUUCAAAGAAAGAUGACCAGACACCGUAUGUUCUUUAUGGAAAAUAGGAAACAAAACCAACAUAUGCUCGCUUCCAAAAGAAAAAAAUUGGAGUAUCUCCGGAUUAUGGCCGGAAAGAAGAGGCAC